UCUUUUUUUUUUUUCCAGUCUGCUGUCCCUGCCAAAAAAGAGACCAGGGAUUCUCUGACGGCUAACCGUUUCCAGGACAACGGCGCACUCAUGUAUUCCUUACGCUCUUUGGAGAAACACGCUCCGUGGGUGCGUCACGUCUUCAUCGUCACCAACGGGCAGGUUCCAUCCUGGCUCAACCUUCAAAACCCCCGAGUUUCAAUUGUCACGCAUCAGGAAAUCUUCCUGAACACGAGCCAUCUCCCAAACUUCAACUCCCACGCCAUCGAAAGCCACAUUCACCGCAUCCCGGGAAUCUCGCAGAGGUUUCUUUACCUCAACGAUGACAUGAUGUUUGGCAAAGACGUCUUUCUGGACGACUUCUACACCCCGAGGGACGGCCAGAAAGUCUAUCUCGCCUGGCCUGUAGCCCCUUGUUUAAAACAGUGUCCAUCAAGCUUGAUCAACAACGGGCAGUGCAACCAAGCGUGCAACAAUGCCAAAUGCCAAUGGGACGGAGGAGACUGCAAAGGACGAAAACGCAGGUCUCUAAGCAGCACUGGUGAUGCACAGAAGUCAAGCUUCUUCUCAGAUCCUCAAACCCAAAGCGACCAGCUUGGAGAAGUAAAAGAAAUGGACACAAAAGAUUGGAACAAUCCAUUGGGCAAGAAGCUCCAAGAGUUUUUCCCUUCUCACAAGACAUUCCUUCAAGAACUACUUGAGGACCGUGGUCUCCAAAAAGCUCUGAGCUACGAGACCAAUGGCGCGAUGACCGGCCGAAAGCUACGAGAUACUUUUGCCGCCACGCUGAACCACGUCGACAGGCUAUACAACUUAAAGUUUGGCGGCAUGAGACGAAAAGUCAUCUCGCACGCUCCUUACAUGAUUGACAAGCUUGUCAUGCAGGAGCUGCAGGACACAUUCCCAGGAGAAUUUCAAAAGACCUCGAGUCAUCAUUUGCGCCAUCGGGACGACAUGCAGUUUGCGUUUGCCUACUUUUAUUUCCUGAUGAGCGUCAAGCGGCCGGUUAACAUCGCCGAGAUGUUCGACACCAUCGACAAAGACCGUUCUGGCGUUCUGUCCGCUGGAGAGAUUCAAGAUCUGGUCAUGAAAAUCCACAAGCAGCCCAAACCCGAGGACUUUACAAGAUUGAAUGCUCAGUUGCGCAACUGCACAAAAAACCGUCGGGUCACCAAAGAAGUCGUGAUGAACUGCAAGCCCGUCACAGAUGGCAUUCGCAGUGCCGUUACAGACCAGAAGAAAUAUAGAUAUCAGGUCAUGGGGCAAGGGGAGGUCCAUUUCAAGAUGCUUCAUAAUAACCCGGCGGAGGCCGAUCGCAUUUUCAAUGACCUCCAGAGAAAUCCAAGGAAGUUCAUCUGCAUCAAUGACGACCUUGACCACACCCAAAGCAUAGCUAUGGAAGUGCAGAAGAAGUUGGCCCAAUUUUACCAAUCCAAGUUCCCGCAACCAUCUGAGUUUGAGCUUCAAAAUUCCAACAGGUCUCCUGCACAUGAGGACCAGAUUUGAUAGGAGCCGUCAUCAAAUGCGGCCAAUUCGUAAAACAGGUGGCGCUAGCCUCUUUUUCAUUCCCGUCAAGUCCUUUUGUGAAGUCUAUUUUACAAUUAAGAAUAAAUGGCAGGAUUUAGCUGUCUUUUUAAACGAGACU